CCAUCAGUCGAGCAGCAUGAUUCGGUUUCAGCAGAGGCUCGGCUUCGCUGCAGGGCUGCUCUUACUGGCAGUGUCCACAUGCCACGGUAAACUGGUUUGUAAAGAAGGCCAAAGCGGUCCGACGCAUGAGUCCAUGCAGGCCGUGUUUGACCUGCAACCCUUCAGGCCAGCUGUAAACCUCAGCAACCCCACCGUCGCCAACAUCUCCUUCACCCUGUACGCUGUCCUCGGAGUGAACGAGAAAGCUCAGAUUCUCACCACGUUUCUGUGGCUCAGACUGUUCUGGCACAACGAGUUCUUGGUUUGGGAGCCUGAAGAUUGUGACGGUGUCACCAGGAUUUCUCUCCCUGCGAAGGAGCUGUGGUCUCCGGACAUCAUUGUUUAUGAAUUCGUGGACGACGACGUUUCCCAGGCGUGUCCUUACGUCUACGUCAACCACACGGGACACAUCCGCUGGGACAGGAUGCUGCGGCUCGUCUCGGCCUGCAACCUGAAGAUCUUCAGCUUUCCUUUUGAUGUGCAGAACUGCACCUUUACGUUUGGCUCGUACAUGCACACUAUACGCGAUGUCAGACUCAGUCCAGCCCUGACCUUCGACGAGAUGUCGGAGAACUCAAAGCAAUACCUGGAAGCCAGUGGAGAGUGGGAGCUGGUGGACCUAUUAGGAGAGACGUCCAUUCUACAGUUUGGCGUUGACGAGUGGGACAUCAUCACCUUUUGGGUGGUGAUAAAGCGACGCCCGGUGCUCUACGUGGUCAACCUGCUGAUCCCCAGCUCCUUCCUCAUGCUCAUCGACAUCCUGUCCUUCUACCUACCCCCCCACAGCGUGGACCGCGCCUCCUUCAAAAUGACCCUGAUCCUGGGUUAUACCGUUUUUCUGCUCAUCAUGAAUGACCUGCUGCCCAGCACGGCCAAUGGAACCCCCAUCAUAGGCAUCUAUUUCUCUGUGUGUCUGGCUCUCAUGGUCAUCAGCCUUCUGGAGACGGUCAUCAUCACCAAUGUCCUCCAUCACAGCUCCAUGAAGUAUCAGGAGGUUCCAAACUGGGUUCGAGUGGUCGUCCUUAAAUACAUCGCCAACCUGAUCUGCUACCGCUGGCCCGAAGAUGUCCGUCCCACUCAGAAAACAGAGGAGGAGAAACCCGAGAGCUCACACAGCAGCACCGAGGCGUGGGUCAUCCAGCCAGCCAAUCAGGCAGCAGACAGGCACCCAACCUGCAAUGGAGGUGCAGUUUCUCUCCCUGAGCUGCAGCUGAUCUGUCAGUACCUAAAGGACCUGCGUGCUCAUCUUCUGUCUCUGCAGAAGGAAAACCAGCUGCUGGACCAGUGGUGUCACGUGGGAUACGUCCUCGACUUCCUGCUCUUCCGCAUCUACCUGUUUCUGAUCAGCUGCUACGCCAUGGUCAUCAUCACUAUGUGGUGCAUCUGGAUCAGCCAGACUUGUUGUGUGGCAGUUUUGAACUGCACCAGUCCAACCCCUGACUCCCUGUUUAAGGGGCUUGAAAACUAUUUAUCUUCUAGGAAGCUGAUCCGCCCGGUCUCAAAGUUUUCAGAACCGCUACGCAUAAAUAUCAGCAUUACUGUGGUUGGGAUUUUAGGAGUGGAUGAAAAAGCUCAAACAUUGACAACUUUCCUAUGGCAAGUCCUGGAGUGGGAUAUAGCAGGACUCAGCUGGGACGAGGAGGAAUGUGGAGCUGAAAAAGUCUCUUUGCCUCGGGAAAUGCUUUGGCUUCCAGAUGUCCACAUCGCCGAGUUCAUGGACGAGAAUAGAUCUCCUCAGACUCCUUACGUUUACCUGUACAACACAGGUCAUGUUUUUGACGAUAAGCCAAUUAGAGUUGUCAGCUCCUGCAUGUUAGAAAUCUACAACUUUCCCUUUGAUGUUCAAAAUUGCUCACUGACGUUUGGAUCAUAUUUGCACUUUGCUACGGAAAUACGGAUGUUUUCUGCCAUGACACCGGAGGAGAUUCUCAGUGAGUCCAAAAGUGUGCUGGAGACAAACGGGGAGUGGGAGCUCUCCAGCGUAAAUGUGGUUCGCUCCCAACUGGAGUUAGACGUAGGAAGCUACUCUGAGAUCCAAUAUGAACUGAUCCUGCGCCGCAGACCAACCCUUUAUGUGGUGAACCUCCUGGUCCCUAGCUGCUUCCUCGUCGCCGUAGAUCUCAUCAGCUUCCUGCUGCCUCCUCAGAGUGUGGACAGAUCGUCCUUCAAGAUGACCCUGAUCCUCGGCUACACAGUCUUCCUGCUCAUCAUGAACGACUUACUGCCGAUCACAGGAGACGAGACACCUCUGAUCAAUGUGUUCUUCUCCAUCAGCCUGGCUCUGAUGGUGGCCAGUCUUCUGGAGACCGUCUUCAUCACAAACAUCCAGUUCAGCUCCAGCCAGUACAGCGCCGUGCCUCACUGGCUCAGCGUGCUGGUGUUGCGUUAUCUCGCUGUGGUCGUAUGUAUGCCUCCAAAGAAGAAGAGCAACAGAGUUACAGUCGACCUCAACCCAUCUCACAAAGAUUCACAUAUGAGCCCCAUAACCAUCUCAGGAAAUCAGAGUAUCUCAGAAGAAAAACAUCCGGUGAAGUCCCACGCCCAACCUGCUGCCCCUCCAGAGCCGGCUCUUGAGGAACUGAGGAAGCUGAGCAGAGAUCUCACAGCCAUCCGUCUUCAGGUGGACAAACACUUCCAGGGGUCAAACACUGCCGAGGAAUGGCAAAUGAUUGGAGCUGUUAUUGACCGUCUGCUGUUCUGCUUGUACAUCCUCUUCAUUGCUGCGAGCUUCAUCACCAUCACAGGUAUCUGGAUCUGGAAUAACUCGUAUGCUGCAUAGUUCAGGUU